UGGAAUGAUAAGUUUGAAAUAAUUUGGGGUUAUUUUGUAAUGGAUACGAAAUUAAUGGGGUAACGCGCAAGAGACCCUGCAGCCUCCCCUUAUUAAACGACGCCAAAUCGUAGAAGCUUCAUUCGACGCGCAAUGGCACCCUUUCUUUGAUCUGAAAAUCGCUUUUUCAGGUUCUUCUCUCUGAGAUUUCUUGGGAGAGAUUUUAAACGAAAUCUUGUUUUUUUUUUUCUUCGUAUAAUCUUGUUCCCUUAAGGCUGAUUGAUAUUCGUGAUUCUACUACCGCCGCUUGAAUUGCUGCUGAGAUGGCGUCGCUUCAGGAGAGUUUGACAAAAUUCAAGAAACAGCAAGAGAAAUGCCAAUCAACACUUUCCGGCAUUGCUGCAAAAGCAGGAACUUCUAGAGCUACAAUUUCCAAAUCAAUGGCCUCGAGCAUGUCGUCUUUUGCCAAUGGAAAGUCUUCUGCACCUGCAGUUAAAUUCUCGAAUGAUACAGAACGGCUUCAACAUAUAAACAGCGUAAGGAGAGGGCCUGUCGGAUCUCAGAUCAAACGAGUUAUUGAUUUGCUAUAUGAGACAAGGAAAUCAUUCUCUCCCGAGCAAAUAAACGAGGUUUGCUACGUUGAUGUAAAUGCAAACAAGGCUGUCUUUGAUAGUUUAAGGAACAAUCCUAAAGUGAGUUUUGAUGGGAAACAAUUUUCCUACAAGUCGAAACAUGAUUUGAAAGAUAAGGACCAACUUCUUUACUUAAUCCGGAAAUUUCCUGAGGGUAUUGCCGUUAUUGAUCUCAAGGAUUCAUAUUCAAAUGUCAUGGAAGACUUACAGGCUUUGAAAGCUUCAGGCGAUAUAUGGCUACUAUCGAACUUUGAUUCACAAGAAGACAUAGCAUACCCCAAUGAUCCGAGAGCAGUUAUCAAAGUUGACGAUGAUCUUAAACAAUUGUUUAGAGACAUUGAACUCCCGCGCGACAUGCUGGACAUCGAAAGGGAUCUUCAAAAAAACAAAAUGACGCCUGCAACAAACACUGCAAAAAGGCGAGCCAUGGCGCAGAUUCACGGAAUUCCACCCAAACCCAAGCAAAAGAAGAAGAAGAACGAAAUCAGCAAGAGGACCAAGCUUACCAACGCCCAUCUCCCCGAGCUCUUCAAGAAUCUCAACUCAGGUUCGUAAAUGCAGAUCAUACUCAACAGUUUUCAGUGUUCGUAUCAGCUGGAGUUUAUUGUGGCUUGAGUUUCUUGGCAUCCCGUGUGUCCAAUCAACGGUAUGGUAUCGUAUGAAGUUCAUUCGAAGUAAUCUAACAUCUCAACAAUGCCUUCACCAUAAACAAGAGCAUGAGCUCGAAGGCGACUUCUAGCCGUACCCGUCGAGGUGAUUUUUUCUUUUCUUUUAUUGUGUUCUACAUUGAGCAUUGAGGGGUUUCUGCACAAGUAAUUUGUGUGCCUUAGCAGAUUCGAUAUGCAAUUCUAAUGACAAGAUAUACUCUGUUUCACAUUAUAUUUUUUGUUAGUAGAUUCUUGUUUGAACUCUGAAUAUAUAUCAUACAAUCUUUGGAUA